CUUUUAAACUGUUUUGUAGCAAUCAUGAAGUUCUUUAUUGUUUUGUUGGCUGCCUUGGCUUUGUUUGCUCCUGCCUAUGGCAAGACUUUUACACGCUGCUCCUUGGCUAGGGAAAUGUAUGCCUUGGGUGUACCAAAAUCCGAAUUGCCUCAAUGGACCUGCAUUGCUGAACACGAAUCUUCGUACCGCACCGGUGUUGUGGGACCCACCAACUCUAAUGGCUCCAAUGAUUAUGGCAUCUUCCAAAUCAACAACUAUUACUGGUGUCAACCUGCCAAUGGUCGUUUCUCCUACAACGAAUGCAAAUUGAGCUGUGAUGCUUUGUUGACCGACAAUAUUAGCAACUCGGUGAAGUGUGCCCGCAAGGUGAAGUCCCAACAAAGCUGGACUGCCUGGUCUACCUGGAAAUAUUGCAACGGUGCAUUGCCCAGUAUUAAUGAUUGUUUCUAAAUUCGUUGACGAUAAGACUUAAAUAAAAUCAUAACAUUGUCUUGAAUGCAAAAA